AUGGGUUCAGCAAAUAUCAGAGACCUCUUGACUUCUUUUAGUCCGAAUUUGGACUUCUUCGCUAUCAGCUCCGGUGAUGGUCGAAUUAAGAUUUGGGACACUGUGAAGGGUCACGUUCAGACAGAGUUUGCGGACAUUGUGUCGUCCGAAGCAACAAAUUUAUUUACCAAGCCAGGAAGUGGGCAUCUUUCUGUUGAUUAUACAUGCAUGGAGUGGUUGUCUUUGGAUAAAAAGAGAAAAAGAAAGCUUGGAACUUCAUUAUUGGUGUUAGGAACGGGUAGUGGUGAUAUUUUGGCACUGGACGUAUCGGUUGGCCAGUUGAAGUGGAGGGUUACUGAUUGCCAUCCGGGGGGCGUGAGUGCUAUUUCAUUUCCAACAGUUGGUUCAUGUGUUUACACUGCGGGUGCUGAUGGGAUGAGUUGUGAACUCGAUUCCAUGACAGGAAAUUUGUUGCGCAAGUUCAGAGCUUCUACAAAAGCAAUAUCUUCUAUAUCUGUUUCCUCAGAUGGGAAGACAUUAGCGACUGCAGCUGCUCAAUUAAAGAUUUUUAAUGGUUCAGAUCACAAAAAGCUACAGAAGUUUUCAGGCCAUCCUGAAACUGUUCGCUGUAUGGUUUUCUCUGAAGAUGGCCGAUAUGUGCUUUCUUCUUCUGCUGGUGAACGAUAUGUUGCAGUUUGGAGAAUAGAUGGUAGCAAAAAGAAAUCAGCCUGCUGUGUUCUUGCUAUGGACCACCCUGCUGUCUUUCUGGAUAGCAGGUGCAUUGAUGCUCAAGAUACAGACGUAGCAGGUCUAUGCGUUUUGGCCAUUUCUGAGAUGGGUGUUUGUUACUUUUGGUGUGGGAUGAAUAUUGAAGAAUUACGCAACUCCAAGCCCACAAAAGUCUCCGUACCUACUGAUGAUAGACUCUCUAAAAAUCACAAGGGAGCAGUACCUAACAUAUUAGCUGCAAAGUUACAAGGCAUAGCCAAACCUGCUGCAGGUCAUGUCUUUGUUGCCUAUGGUUUACUAAUAAAGCCCUCAUUUGAGAAAAUUAUUGUUCAGUCUGGCACAGACAUACAAUUGAACAAUUCCUUGGAUGGAAUCCUUUUGCCAUUUAAAAAAACUCAAAAAUCCAAGAAAGGUUCAGAUGUACAGAAUGAAGUUACUGCACUAGACCGUGCAAAUGCAGAGGAUGCCUUACUUCCUAUACCUAAGAUUUUUGGGUUGACUGAUGGCAGGAGUAGAGCUGAGCCUCUGGCGAGCAAAGAUGAUGUGGAUAAAAUUGGAGUUGAUAUUGGGACAUUCUGUGUGGAGGACAGGCUGAGAUCCCUAGGGAUACUUAACAAUGAUAAUGAUCUUAUGUCUGAUUCAAUGCUUGAUCUUGAAAUAUUGAAGGGUAUCGGUCGUGAAGCUAAUAUGCCGCAAAAGAAGAUGAGGGCUGCUAUUUUAUCCUUAGUACCCAGUGAUGCGUACAAGUUGUUGAAAGCCUUGGUGGCCAUGUGGCAAUCCAGAUCAUGCAGUGGAAGGUAUGUUCUUCCAUGGAUAAGUUGUAUAUUGGUGAACCACAAUGACUAUAUUGUAUCUCAAGAACCAGUGACCCAGCUGCUUGAUUCCUUGUACAGGCUUACAAAAACUAGAGGGGCAGCUAUUCACUCAUUGUUGCAGUUGUCAGGUCGUCUGCAUCUUGUAACGGCAAAGAUUGACAAGGCUGCGGAUAGCAAAAACCAAACCUUAGCACAGGAUCAGCCUAUGGAUGAAACUGAAGAUGAAGAUGUUGAUGAGUUUCUUUAUGGUGUAGAAGAAGAAUCCCAAACUAGCAGUGACAAUGAUGAGUAG